AUGACGCUCGGCAGCCGGGGCAGUGACUCCGCCGCUCAGGCCGGCGACGCGAGGCCAGAGCGCGGGCCAGAGGAGCCACCGCCGGAGCCGCGGGAGGGCGCUGCCGGGCCCGCGGGCCCGGCGAGGCCCUCCGGGGGCCCGCCGGGCAGGCGGAGGGCCAAGCCGGUGCUGAUCACGGCCUGCGGCGUCGUGCCUUGCCCAGUGCCGCGGGAGGUGCAGAGGGUGCGCCUCCACAGGGAUCCUCAGAAGCAGGAGGUGGAAGUCAGGAGCAGGUGGCCGUUCAGCUAUGCGAGCCAGGGGGACGAUGCCUACAGGGUCCACGUGAAGCAGGUCAUGCUGGUGGCGUCGCUCCGCAUGCAGUGUGCGGACCUGAACGUGCUCUCCACAGACCCGGUCACUGGCCUGCAGAUGAAGCCUGAGGACGUGGCACACAAGUCUGAGGAGCUAGGAAAGAAGGAAGAAGCGAUGGUUCAGGGAGUAUCCCUCGUGCCCAUGAAGGAUUUGCGAGGUCGCGUCGGACUGGGCACGGCAGUCCAGAAGACAUUGCAACCGCUGGGGCAUCAUGAGAAGUUCCUCUGCGAAAAGGUGAGCAAGAACAUGCAUAUUACCAAAACCCGUUACUUCAACAUCAGCGGUGGGCGAAUGCGGCUGUACAGCUACAACUUGAGGCUUGCCAAAGCCAGGACGGUGUUCGAACUCAAGGACGUUCAGAAGUGCGUCGUGGAGUGGGUGGACCAGCAGAAAAACAAUGCAAGACCACCAGGCCUGAAGGACCUGCAUCCGUUCCACAAGGGCUUCCAGGUUCGUGUCCGAGUCGAGCUGAGGGAGCGGCCCCACGGGCCUCUGUACCUGUACGCGGCAAACUCUGCCAGGGCGCUGAGUUGGCAAAGGGUCAUACUCCUGGCAAAGUAUCGGGGAUCGAUGCUGGCAAAGGGGUGGUCCGCGAUGGUGUGCUACGCUCGCUGGGCGAGGCAGGUCAAGGCAUCAGUCCACCGCGUAAGCAGGAAGCUCGUGCUAGGCAAUCUGAGUCGCGGCUUCACUAAACUUCUGCUCGUGCGCCGACAGCGGGCCAACCAAGAGCUAGAGAAGGCAAAGGCCCAGGAACAUGCCGUGCAAUUCCUGCACCAGGUGUUGAAGGGCUCGCAGGGCAAGUCUGGGCGUGCGCGCCCAGCAAAGUCCAUCCGCCACGAGAUGAUAUCGCGGGUGCAGCAUGGAUUCCGCGAGUUUCGGGAACGCCGCAUCCUGGAACGGAGGUAUCCGCUGAGCACCUCGGGGAACUCCCGCCUGAGCCAGCUCGUCAGUGGCUCCACCAUCCCGUGCGCUUUCGUCUCCUUGAGCAGCGCGGCCGCGCUGGGCGCCGUGCUCGGGCCCUGGACCUGGAGGAAGCUCGGCCUGGAGGAGGCCGCGGCGCAGGCCGCCACGCCCGCGGCGAGGUCGGCGUACUCGGCCGUGAACGUUCCGCUGAGCGAGCUGGCCGUUCGCAUCUCCGCCAACUUCUCCACCCUCUCCUUCCAGCACGUCGACUCGCGGGCCUCGCACGCGCAGCUGAAGGGCGAGACCGGCUGGGCCAACUUCGUACAGCUUGACCAGGUCAGCUCGGUGGUCCUGCGCUCGGAGCGGGUGAUGAGUUACGCCAGCCCCGGCAGCAGGCACGGGCAGCUGCACCCGGCGACCUGCGAGGGCGUCUGGCUCACGCUCCACGGGCCCCGCGUGGGCUGGUGCCUGCCGCGCCAGGCCGCCCCGGCGGGGCCGCCUGCCGCGGCCCGGAGCGACGGGCCGGCCGGAGGCCCCGACGGCGGCGCGCUGGGGAGGCUGCUGGCGGAGUCGCGCCACGGCGAGGUGGCGUGGCUGAGCGUCACGCUCCGCCUCGUCGGCGCCGCCGUGCCCCCACCGGAGGGACCCGCGGGCGGGCCGGAGGCGCGGGAGGGCGUCGCGGAGGAGAGGGCCGCCGACGAGGACAUCUUGGCACGGGAGGGCUCGUCCCAGGAGGCGCUCGAGCUCGACGAGGGCGCCGCCGCCAGGCCGGCGGCCUCUGCCGGGCGCAGGGUGUGCAUGGUGGCGCACGUCCUCGGCAGGCGCUUCGAGUGCGAAGUGCCAGCCGCGGGCUUGAGCCUCGCGGCUCCCGAGCAGCCAGUCGAGUUCAAGGCCGAGGUGCCCUUCGUGGGCCUGGAAGCGCUUGGCUGCUUCGACGACUGCCCGGUGGCGGUGGACAUCGCGAAGACGGGACCCCGGCGCGCACCGCACCGUCCUCGCGGCCCGCGUGCCGCUGGCCGCCCUGGCCGCGCCCGCGCCCGCGGCGGCGGGCGAGCAGGCAUCGACCCGCGGGGGCGCAGUGGAGGAGGUGGAGCCGCCGUCGCUAGCCAGGCUGCUCGCAAACAGCAGGGAGCCCGCCCCGGUGCGGAGAACUCUGCCGCUGGCGCCGCCGGCCGACGAGGCGGGCCGCCUGCUGCGCACGGUGGAUGCGUCCGUCGACCUCGAGGUCGCCGUCCGCGUCCUGGCGCGCCCGGAGGGGCACGCGGCCAGGCCUGGCCCCAGCAUCUCGCCGGAGCUGCAGGGGUGCGGCCCCAUCUCUGCCCUGUACAGCUCCCAUCGCGGUUUGUGGUGCGACCCGUCCGUCGUAGUGGCCGUGUCCGACCUGAGCGGGGAUGCCGUGCACGGCAACGGCACCUACAGCAGGAAGUUCGCGGGGGGGACUUGGCCGUACUUUGA